CUCCACGUAUAUAUGGUCUGUUGUGUUAUUUUAUAAAUUGUGUUAGAAACCUGUAUGUAAUGCUAACGUAUUUACGCGUAACCUUCAAGUACUCAAAUGCUAUCUUUCAUCAUCAAACGUGGAAAUUAUCCCGUCAUAAAGCGACGAAUAGUCCUAUGAAUGUGUUCAAUAGACAGGCAAAACGGUUGCAGAAAAAUCGCGCAUCUUUGCUACCAAACACUGACGAUUACGACUAUCUUAAAGACGAAGCAGCGAGAAGAUUAGUGGAUCGUCUCAGCGAUGUUUCCCGUAAAUUUCCUCUGGUCCUUGAUCUGGGAUGUAACAAAGGACAUGUUGCAAAAUUCUUGACGUCAUCUCACGUGACGUCGCUAGUCCAAUGUGAUAUGUCCGAGGAAAUGUUAAAAAGAUCUUUCACAAAUACCGAUAUAUCCACAAAGAAGCUUGUGAUAGAUGAAGAAUUUCUUCCAUUCUGGGAAGGCACCUUUGAUGCUAUCUUGAGCAGUUUGAGUCUACACUGGGUUAAUGAUUUACCUGGGGUAUUCAGGCAAGUCAAUGCUGCCCUGAAGGAUGAUGGGAUGUUUUUAAUGGGUCUACUUGGUGGCGAGACAUUAUUUGAGCUGCGAUGCUCAUUACAGCUUGCCGAGAUUGAAGUGCUUGGUGGCUUUGGGCCACAUAUUUCACCAUUCACCCAAAUGACUGACAUAGGGGAUAUAGCUAGUCGGGCAGGUUUUAGUUUGAUUACAGUUGAUUAUGAUGAGAUAAUAGUGAAUUAUCCAAGUAUCUAUGAACUUAUGGAUGAUUUAAGAGGAAUGGGUGAAAGCAAUGCAUCAUGGUCUAGAAAACAUGUAUUACGAUAUAAGACAACUGAGGUUGCAUCACGAAUAUACCGAGAAAUGUAUGGUGGUGAUGAUGGUAACAUACCAGCGACAUUUCAAAUAUUGUUCCUCAUUGCUUGGAAGCCAUCGGAGAAACAAACAAAGCCUGCAGAAAGAGGAUCUGGAACAUUUAGUCUUAAGGAUAUUGAUCAAAUAGACUUUGAAAAAUAAAAAUAUAAUGACCACAUUCUUAUUUUGUGUUAUGAUUUGCAAAUCUAUUGAAUAGAUUUGUAGAUCACUAUCAUACAAUGUGGCAUUAUGCUGUGAUGGCAUAAGUCAAGGAAUCCUUGAGUGACAUGACAUCUGCUAGAAGCAGCUUAUUUCUUUUAAUUUAAUUCUAUUUUAUACUAUUUAUAAAGAAUUUAUAUAUUUCUAUAUCAGCUACUUUAAGCAAUACCUCAUUUUUUCAAGUGAACUGAAUCUUUUAUUGUGUUGAUGUGAUUAUAAAAUGAUAAUAAGCUGGA